CUCUGUGUCUGUCACAUUUGCAUCUUAAAGGAUGCUUUGCUAAAACAAUGUAGACUUUAUCGUAACGUGGUAAAGUGUAAUUUGUCAAUAAUCCACAUUUCGACAUUCACAAGAGUUCAACUUGUUGUUAUGUUCAUUUAUGUUGUUUUUGCACAUCGUAAUAAUAUGUAGUGCCCUAGAUAGGCUAGUUAUCCCAAUUAUGCUAUUGUAGCAAGUGUUCUGUUUUAUCUAAACGUUGUUUAGUAACCUUCAAGCACCUUAAUUUCAUUAGCCGCUAUGGUGUAAAAUAAGAAAUACAAGUGUAUAAAUAUAUCAAAGACCAGUUUAUGUAAAGAACUGUUGAAAAAUGAUGGGUGGAAGCGUUCUUUGGUUCCGCCAUGGCUUGCGUCUACACGACAACCCGGCGUUGCACGCCGCACUCGAGGAUAAUACUGUACCGUUCUACCCAAUAUUCAUCUUCGAUGGUGAGACGGCAGGAACGAAGCUGGUGGGCUACAACCGUAUGCGGUACUUGCUGGAAGCCUUGGAUGACCUGGACCAGCAGUUCAAGCGCCACGGCGGUCGGCUGAUCAUGCUCAAAGGACAGCCAAAUGUGGUGUUCCGGAGGCUCUGGGAGGAGUUUGGCAUCCGCAAGCUCUGCUUCGAACAAGACUGUGAGCCGGUAUGGCGCGCCCGCGACAACAGCGUGAAGCAAGCCUGUCGCGAAAUCGGCGUGUCCUGUCACGAACACGUGUCGCACACACUCUGGGAGCCCGAUACCGUCAUCAAGGCCAAUGGGGGAAUACCGCCGCUCACUUACCAAAUGUUCUUGCAUACCGUAGCAACGAUCGGAGACCCACCACGGCCGGUCGGGGAGUUAGAUCUGAGCGGCGUCAGGUUUGGCACCUUACCGGAGUGCUUUUACAGCGAGUUCACUGUCUUCGACAAGACUCCUAAGCCGGAAGACUUCGGUGUCUACCUGGAAAACGAGGACAUUCGGAUGAUCCGCUGGGUGGGAGGGGAGACGACAGCCCUUAAGCAGAUGAAGCAGCGCUUAAGCGUGGAGUACGAGACAUUUUGCAGGGGUUCGUACCUGCCGACCCACGGCAACCCUGACUUGCUCGGGCCGCCCAUCUCCCUGAGUCCGGCGCUAAGAUUCGGCUGCUUAUCUGUUCGAAGUUUCUACUGGGCUAUCCAAGACCUGUACCGUCAAGUGCAUCAAGGCCGACUUCCGCCAAACCAAUUCAUAACAGGGCAACUCAUCUGGCGAGAGUACUUCUACACGAUGAGCGUGAACAACCCAAAGUACGCGCAGAUGGCAGGCAAUCCUAUCUGCUUAGACAUCCCGUGGAAAGAGCCCAGCGGCGACGAACUCAAGAGCUGGAUCGAAGGCCGAACCGGAUUCCCAUUCAUCGACGCGGCCAUGCGCCAACUCCGCAUCGAAGGCUGGCUCCACCACGCAGUGCGAAACACCGUGGCUUCAUUCCUUACUCGAGGAACUCUCUGGUUAUCCUGGGAACACGGGCUGAACCACUUCCUCAAGUAUCUGCUGGACGCUGAUUGGUCCGUCUGCGCCGGCAACUGGAUGUGGGUCUCCUCCAGCGCUUUCGAGGCAUUACUGGACUCCGGAGAAUGCGCCUGCCCCGUCCGUCUAGGACAGCGACUGGACCCUAGCGGCGAAUAUGUUCGCCGCUACGUGCCCGAGCUCACCAACAUGCCCCCGCUGUACAUCUACGAGCCGUGGAAGGCGCCGCUGGAGGUGCAGCAGCGCGCGCAGUGCGUGAUCGGGCAGCACUACCCGGCGCCCAUCGUCAACCACCUGGCCGCCGCGCAGCGCAACCGGCACGCCAUGCAGGAGCUACGUAAAAUGCUUCAGAAGGCGCCGCCGCACUGCUGCCCGUCGUCCGAGGACGAAAUUCGCCGGUUCAUGUGGCUGCCCGACGCCGACGAUAACAUAGUGCAGGCCAACACUGCCUAAAAACCUAAGAAAUAAAGUCGUAAAUCGCAUAGCUGGAGUAGCUAGGGGGUGUUAGUUAACCUUUUGAACGCUUUAUAUCAUAAACCUAACAUCACUCAAACGCCUAGCUCUCGGGCGCAAGCGAGCUAAUGUAAACCUUACUCGAAAGUGUGAAGGUUACUUUGACAGCGUCCGCCAUAACACCUAAAGGUGUCCUUGGCGCUGUGGGCACGACUAGCAACGACGCCUUUAGGUGUUCUUGGCGUUCAAAAGGUUCAACAACAACAGUUUGAGGAGUUUUUCAGUACCAAUUCGUUCGGUCUAAAGGUUUUUUUGGGAAACUGGACGCAAUUUUAUCUUAAAAUGCCACACGUGGCUUACCAGCCACGGAUUUGUAGCGUCCUUGGCUAUGUCAACUGGCCUCAUAGCUUGAGAUGUGAGGUAUUUGAUUGGCUAGGACAUAAGUGUAGAAGCGUUCUUGCAGCGCUUGCGUAGGCGUUGAACGUCGAAGGAAUUUGAACAACGUGCACUGAGGCCAUUCGUAUAUGUUUGCUUUUAUUUAAAGUAACACCAGGGGGAGGAAACUAGAGCGUUCGGGCGUUUUCGGCUCCGUUCGGCUCAGCAUUGCUCCGAGCCAUUAUUAGGAUUGGCAAAACUUGACCUUUGCGUGCACAACCACAGAUACGAUAAUUAAAUGAAUUUUGACAACCCUAAAUAGCCGAAAGGGAUAGUUCCACAUCUUAGAAAGGGAUGACAUAAUUCGGCCUUGAAUCGCUGUCAAACUUCGGUUUUUUUAAGAAGUUUCCUUUCUGUACGGUAGUACUAUUAUUUAUUCUGUGGUAGGACUUUCGCUAACAGUAAGGGCCAGUUGCACCAAACACAAUUAGCGUACUGAUCAACUUCACUAUGAUAAUACCAACGGUAAUAAGACGGUUUGGUGCAAACGACUCUCAGCCACCUUAUUCAAUUCAAAACACAGGCAAAUUUUGUCUCUUUCGAAGAAAAGGAAAUGCCAUUAUGACUGGUUUAUCGAUUAUUUAAACGAUUGACGAUUAUAUACCGGUUUGUUACAUUUGACAAAACGCCCCUGCCCCUGCUGGGACGCGGCCGCGCGGCCAGGUUGCUUAUGAAAUGAAAUUGAUUUUGAUACCACUGGCUGUCAUUUAAUUUAAUCGACAAAUAAAAGUGAUGGAGUAUAAUAAAAAUGAAUAUUAUAAUCAAUCAAGCAAUUUUUCACAAAUGCCGUCUUGAUUGAUAUUCAGAGAGCACUGAAUAAAUAUUUCUAAAUGUGUCCGAAUGAAGUAGUUCAAUGGCAUUAGAUGCUUUCUGUUCGUACUUGGUAACAAUUGCUGUUUAUUUAACGAGUAAAAAAACAAAAAUGAAUUUGCCUGUAAAGGAACUGACUAGAUAUUUUCAAUAGGUGCAUUUAAAUUUUGACAUAGUUAUGCCAAUAACGUUUUUUUUAUUAUUUAUUUAUUAAAACAAAGUACAAAGCUUAAAUCUAGAUCCUUAUCAUUAGUAUAUAAAUGGGUAUUUUAAGUUUUAUUUCUUGAAUUUCUUCAUGGAUAAGAAAAUCCUGAUUUAAUCAGUAAAAAUGGCUGCGAUUUUAAUGUAUCAUAUUUUUUAUUUGGUUAGUUAUUGAUUCAGUGUUUUAUUAGAUCUAUAUUUUGAAUGUUUAGCAUUUGUGUCGCUGUUGUUUCUAUAUUUAGCUAAGUAUAUAGUAUUCUAGUAUGUACUUACUGUACUCGCGCGACUUCAUGUCUUUAUUAAUGUAGUGUGUGUCGUGUAUGUGGUAUAUUAUAACCUACAUAACCCAUUAAGGAGCGACGGCUCAACACUGUUCACAUGCGCUGUCUACGCAACAUUUUAGGCAUAACUUGGCAGGACAAAGUGACAAAUCAAAGGGUUCUUGAAAAAGCGCAGCUGCCCAGUCUUGCCGCUCUUCUCAAACAGAGACGCUUGCGGUGGCUGGGGCAUGUGCACCGGAUGGAAUCCUCUAGAAUACCUCGACGUGUCUUGCUUGGUGCAGUUGCGUAUGCUAAAAGGAACGUUGGAAGACCGAUGCUGCGCUUUAAAGACUGUUAAGCGAGACAUGUCAGCAUUUGAAAUCGAUCACCAUGCCUGGGAAACUAGCUGAAGACCGUGAUGGAUGGCGUAAACGUGUUGUGGCGGGGAGAAAGCUAUGCGACCAAGCCUGGUUUACUACGUUAGAUAACAGAAGGUGUCGCAGAAAGCAAAUCGGGACUGGAACCUCAGGUGGCAUGAGCUUUCUCUGCCAAAAAUGUGGGAGGUCGUGCCGCUCACGCAUCGGCCUCCAGUCACCAAGCCCGUUGUCUAAACAGCAAUGCUUAAAUCGUCUGCAAUAGACGCAAAGGCCUGUGAUGAUGAUAACCCAUUAUUAGUCAGUAAUUAAACACAUUUAUUUCAGAAUGGUUGCUUGCUUACUAUCCGCCGGCCGCCAUUCUUAUAUGGCGACCCUGCCAGUAUCAAUUCUCUCCAAAUAAUUAAAACAUGGUAGAGAGUACUUGAAAAGUGCUGGAGGAGCUUACAUUUUAGUGUUGCAACUAGCCAAACAUAAUAAAAAAAUAUUUAUUCGGCACUUUAACCGAAUAAUUUGGCAACAUUGGAUAAGAUUAAUAUUCGACCCAUCUCUAUGUUUGUUUUAAGUUUAACUUUAUAAUCUUUAACGUGAAAAUUUUGCUUCUUGUCCUAAAAUCAGGAUAGUUGAAAUAAUUUAAUAUUGGCAUUUUUAAUCACUGCAAAACUUAUAUUUUAAAUGCGCAGAGUUACUAUGUCUGUUAUCUCUUCCCGCUUAAACCGCUGAAGCGAUUUAGAUGAAAUUUGGUAUGAAGAUAGUUUGAGGCCCGGGGAAGGACAUUGAAUAGUUUUUAUCAAUCAUUAUCAUUGUCUGGAAAAGGAAGAUAUCGCUUUUUAGCGAUAAGACCGCGUGUUACAUAGUUUUAUUAAAAAAAAAAAUUCGUUUUACGUGUAAAAUGUAUUUUAUUGGUAAUAUUUACUUACAUCAUCCCACGCAGACAAAGUCGCGGACAGAAGCCAGUUACUUUAAACGAUGGAUAUUUCACUACUAUUUCUCCGUGUACGGUGAAAAAAAGUAUUUUUGGUAAAAAAUUAAGACAAAGUACUCGCGCGAGACGGUAUAAUUAAUGUUGGGUCAGGUAAAAGCGAAAGUAUAUGUCUAAGGUGACUGUGGGCAAGACCGGCAUACUUUAUUUAUUUUUUACAUUGGAGUAUUCUAGCUCCGUUAAUUAUUCACUUACGUGACCGCUUGUAAUCACAUACGAUGAAGAAUUUCAUAUAUAAUAAUUAAGCUAUAGUGACAGAUCAUUUUAAUCAUUAAUUAAGCAAAAACAAUAGUAUUUUUAAAAAUUCGGCGAGUAGACGGACUUCCCGUGUAGUUUAAGGUAAGUCCGUCUAGUAACGUUAUCAGCCAUACUAUGGGUGCUUAUGUGUUCGUAUUAGAAUCCUUACAAAGAAUGAAACCAGACAAUGAAAAGUGUACUCUAAACUUGUUAAUAUAGGGUUUAGAUUCGAAAUAAACACAAUUUUUCUUAUUAAAAGGUAAGUCCUACUAGGUAAGGUAUACUACGUAAAUGGGGUGGUAAACCUUUUUUGGAAAAUAAUUAUACGUACUUAUUUUUUUUCUUCUCAAAUAAAAUACCUAGUCAUUUUAAAUUUACUCGUUGUUUUAAAUUUACGGAGAUCAAAGAGGGUUACAUAAAUAAGCUCAUAGGAGUAGCAAGUUUAAAUCAAAUAGUGAUUGGCAAAUCAAAUUCCAUAACACAAGUAGGUACCCUACAUACGUAAAUUUUCAGGAUAAGUAAGGCGAAGAACCCACGUCACAUAGCGGCGUGGCACACGCGGUACAGCGUUGGCGUGGCGUGUAACCUUGUAUCACGGUGUAGGCAAAUCGCCUAAAUCACGAUAAGUACAAUCAAUGUUCCGAAAUAAAAAAUACGUAUGGACUCGUAUGGCUGCAGUGAUUUUAAUCUUCAAAACUAUCAAGAAAAUAUGACUGUACAACCGUAUUCUAAAAUUCAAGAGGAGUAAAAAGGGAAUAAUAUGUGUCAUAGGUAUAAUAAUAUAACAUAUGAAGGCCCGAAUCCCGGUAGGGGCAUUUGCUUGUAUAAUCUACACAGAUAUUUGUUCCUUCAGUCAUGUUUGUUUUUUAUAUAUUUAUCUAUAUGAGUUUCUAUAUGUCGUCGCCUAGCAUCAAUAGUAAAAGCUAAGCUAUGCUUAGCUUGCGGCCAAUAUUUAUUCAUUUAUUUACUUAAUAGGUAUUUUCUUAUUUGUAUUUUCGGUUACAUAGUGCUGAGGAUAAAGAACACAUUUCUUUACUAGUUUCGAGAUUAAAAUUGUUAAUAAAUACAAAACACAAACAUCAUACGCAAUGUCGUAAAAAUGCGUAUCUGUAGUAACCUUAUAAAAUCGCAAUAAAUAAUAUUGAAGCCAUUUAACAGUUGGUAACCUCUGAUUCAAGGAAAGUGACUAAUAUGACGGACUUGCCUUGUGCAUAGUAGACGGACUUUCCAACUUAGCAAAAUUUUAAUGUGAUGAAUGAUGGAACGUAUAAUUACAAAACUAAGCCAAUAUCUUAUAAUUUAAACACAUAAUAAAGAUUGCCGGGUCUUAUAUUACUUACGUAGUCGAGUUCUGGUGCAAAAUCUGAUCACAAACUAUUUUUAACAAUUUUAUUUGCAAAGACUGUCGCACUAUCACUUCGAGUUCCAUACACGUAAUGACUUGUUUACGCGGAUUGCUCUGAAGUUCGUUGUCACAGCGCCAUCUGUUUUAGAGUGAGGGAACUAGCGCGAAAAACUGACUUAUAAACUCGACGCCAAAGCGGCAAACGCUUUCUAAUUCAAGAGUUAUAAUGUGUUGACGGACUUGCCUUGUAGACGGUCUUGCCCACAGUGACCUUACUUAAUUUAUAAUUUAAGAAGUAGCUGUAGAACUUUAGGUUCUAAGACUUAAGUUUUUGGGUAUAAUUUCAAACUGAACUGGGUUCAGUCAUUCCGUUUAAGGGUCAAUAGGUAAUAGGGUUCAAAAUGUAUUAGUCAGUACACGUUAUACUCCGGUUUUAAGAUUAAAAAUUUUCUAACCUCAAAAUUGUGAUAUUUAACUUUUUCUUCCAAAAUGCUAAUAUGUAUCUAAUAUUGCAGUACAAUAAUAAUAUAAAUUGUGAUAUUUAAUUUUUUCUUCCAAAAUGAUAAUAUGUAUCUAAUAUUGCAGUACAAUAAUAAUAUAUAAACGACACUAUUAUUCAAUCGAAGAGAAUUUUAAAUAGAGGUGGAUUGUCAAAGUAAACUUUGUAGCCACAGUAAAUUUACUGCCAUCGUUCGACACAUGAUUAAAAGUUUUAGAACGCCAUUUGAUAGGCAUCCAUUCAUGGCGCCAUCGCUCGAAAAAGAUGCCGCCACGCCAUACCUAUGGCCUGUGCUCGGUAACAUGGCGCCAAAUUUUGAUAUUUAACUAUUUUAACACAUAUCAGUGUAAGAAUAAGGAUCAAAGUCAAAUGGCGUUCCAAAAGUUUUAAUCAUGUGUCGAAAGAUGACAGUAAAUUUACUGUGGCUACAAAGUUUACUUUAACAAUCCACCUCCUUUGAUUCAGUACAUAGUUACUCAGAUUUAAUUUUGGAGCAAAGUUACCACUUUGAGGUUAUAAAAUAUCAAAUCUGAAAAAAACGUAUUAUUAGUAUCAACAAAUAGUACCUGGGCGACCGAGCUUUGCUCGGUUAUAACUAUUUAUUGUAAUAUGGUGGUGAUAAUCUUAACUACAUUUUUUUACUAAAUUAAACUUGUCUAAAACAAUUUAAAAAUAUAUAUAUAUAUAUAAACUUGAACACAUAAAAAAAACAAAAUCGCUUCAGCGAAAUCGUUAGAGCCGUUUCCGAGAUCACAGAAAUAUAUAUAUAUAUAUAUACAAGAAUUGCUCGUUUAAAGGUAUAAGAUAAUCAAUUUAUAUGAAUAUUUUAAAAAAGAAAGCCACGUGAUUUCGGAUAUGUCAGACUUUUCUAGGAUAGGUAUUAUAUAAAAAAAUGUUGAUCGUAAGACAACAAUUUAUUUUAUUGGUAACAAACCGAAUUAUACAAUAUCAGGGUAAAUCUAAGGUACCAAUGAAGACACAUGCCAAAGUAAACCUUAUUUAAAUGAGACAAUGUCUAUAUCUAAGUGUCUUCAUCUGUACGAUAUUUUGUAUGUUUUUUAUUAUAAAAUAUAUUAUGAAUGUUGAAAAUAUUGAUGUUAGAAAAACCAAAUGCAUUUUAUAAUGUUUAUGUACAAUUGAAUGUUAUUCCUAUUUACAUAAUAUCUUAGUAGAUUCGUAAUAAAUGUAAUUGUGUUUUAGAAGUUUU